AUGAACUUCUUCGCCGUGACCACCAUUGUCUAUGCCCUCGCUUUCUUCAUGCCCAUUAUCCUGCAAGGCUCGCUGGGUUACAGUGUCAAGAAGACAUUUCUCAUGUCUGCGCCGCCGGCAUGUGCCGCGGUUCCCUGGGUCAUGUUUUGCUCGUGGGCAGCCGACAAGUGGCGCACACGCUCCUUAUUCAUCAUCCUGAACGCGUUGGUUGGCAUCAUCGGCCUUAUGAUCGUGGCAUACGCGACGAAUGGCGAGGCCCGCUACUUUGGCAUAUUCAUGGGGCUUGCAGGCGCGAAUGCCAAUAUUCCGCCAGCGUUGGCGUGGCAAGCAAACAACAUUCGUGGGCAAAGCUUGCGAAUGGUGGCAUCUGGUCUUCAGGUCGGAUUCGGCGCGGUUGGUGGCAUCUAUGCGUCGACCGUCUUCAUGGAGAAGGAUGCUCCGGCGUACAGGACUGGGUUGUGGGCCGUCACAGGCGCUCAGCUGUAUCUCAUCUUGUCCACAUGUUUGAUGCUGCUGCACUACUGCCGGCAGAACAAAAAGGCAAAUCGUGGCGAAAUCAUUCUCGAGGGAUUGGACAGCUUCAGAUAUACAUACUAG